GCAAACAGCUUAAUGAUGAUGAAACAUGGCAGUGGAACAGCUCAACAAGGUUACAGCUCAAUUGUGGAACAGCAGAGCUGUGAGGUGGCUCUCCAUCCAGGCCCCUCUCCACCUAGGCAACUCUGCUCCAUCCUGGUCUGCAAGAUGUCUUCCAUGUUUCAACUCCAACUGGGGAAACACCAGCCUAGGUGGAAUGGAAAAGCGCACUCCCAGAGUCAGAGGGGAGCUCACUUAUAAACAGAGAAGUCCCGCCCCUGGUCCUUGAUUGGACCAUCCUCAUGCAAAUGAGGACUCCAAAUCGUCACAGUUUGAAUGGACAAAAAACACUGUCCUGUUUGGUUGGAAUGGAGCUGCUCUGGUUGCUCCUUGAAGAUGCUGAAGGAUAUAGCUGGGUAGCUGACUGGACCGGGAAAGUCUCAGUCUUAUUGGUUGAAAUAUGAUUCCAACAACUCCUUUAUAAGGGUUGGCUCAGCCAGCAGGAACAACACAAUGCAGGCAGGCCCAUAGUUCAGUGCAGGAGGCAGGAAAUUUAGUGCAGGCUUCUCCCUGAAACAUAGCUCGUGUGAGAGGCCCUUGUUUAGCAAUGGCUGCUAGGCUCUGUUUAUAAAUUUAAGCCCAGUUAGCCACCAGGAGACCUUCUCAGCAGGUACAUUCAUUCUUGGGGCCAGCACUCUGAUGGCUAAUGAGUUUUAAAGAUGUCAUUAGUAAAUCAAAGACUUUAUGUUCAGAGGGUAUAUUUCCUUUGCUUGUUCUUCAUAUUUCUACUGGUUCAGGACUCAUACUCCUUAAAUCUUAAUAGAGAAUUUGCUGUUUGGGGGAGAGUUAUUCCAAAGUGAGUCCCAGGUCCUGUUUUAGCUGGUGACAGAAACGGGAUGACUGUUGACCUUGCCAGGUUAACGCAACUUUAAACACACAUCCAGCUUCCGCUGUCCCAUGUCCUCUUCCCUGACUUCAAAAGGCAGCCCUGGUUUUGCAAUCCUCCAGGCUCUGUUUCGGAAUUGAGCCCCAUUCUGACUCCCCACAUAUUAAAUUUAUAAUCAAGUCUUACUCCUUCUUUCAUUGGAACGCCUCUUAGAUUAAUUUCUUCUCAAUUUCCACCCUUUCCUUUCUCAGCCCUAUUUUUUUGUCAGCGUCCUCUAAAGACCUCCCUGUCUCCCCUCGCAACCCAAUGACAAAUUAAUGAUCGAUCGGUUAUUAAGGAUCCACUUACAUCACUUAUGCCCCGUUGUUAUCAGGAACUCAGCAGUUCUCUUAGUGUUAAAGCGAGUUCAAAUUCCUAGGUUUAUCAAAGGCUUUGCUCGGAACAGUCCUUUCCCAAAUUCUCCACUGGGGGAUGGUACUUGACUCCACCCACAGCUCAGUCCUCCAUGUUCCAGAACGUCCCUUCUCCAGCCGCCUGAUGAAAUUCCGCCUCUUGUGUCAGUAGACCUGGUCCGAGUCCCACAUCCCACGCGAAGCUCUCCUUGGCCAGUUAUCCCAGCCCGAAUACCUUUUUGCACUUGAGGACCCCACCCCACUAACACUGAAUUAUGUUACACUCUCGUGACUCUGUUUCGGAGGGUGGGACCCCAUUUCUGGCGGAACUUCUACACUGACCCCAGGAUCCGGCUUCAAUAAAGCUGAAAGACCGGAUGGGAGUAAAGGAACGUGCUCCUGGCCCCAGUCUCUUCUCGCCAUUUCCCGGCACCUACCCCUCUUCCCACCAAAGCCGGACCCUGUGGCUCUGACCUCCCGACGCUGCCAGCGGCCUCUGAGUGAGCACAUAGCCCACCAUUUGGGGACACACGCGAGUCCAGGGCUCUUGCCCGCCGCCUGCUCCCCAUCACUCGGCGCUGACUGCAAACACUGCGCUCUGCUCCCACCUCCCGCCCCCAGAGCGGCUGUCCGUGGGAGUCGAGCUGCUUUCGGGACUCGCGGCCACUGACGCCCACCACUCCGGGGACGAGCGGCCAGGGGCACGGUGUCGCCCUCUCUCCCGCGCGGCCACUGGGAGGCCUGGGCGCGCCCUCAGCACGGCGGGCCCUCCCCACCUCCACGGUUCUCCUCCCCCAUCCCCGGGGAGGGGCUGCCGAGGGGCGUCCGGUUACAUCUCCGCCUUCCAACCUCCCGCGCCGAUCCGCAGGGCUAGCGGGACCGCAGUUGGGGACCAUGUGGGCCGCCGUCCGCGGGAGUGGGGCUGCGUGGACGAGGGCGCUGCUGCUGCAGCUGCUGUUGGCGGGGCCCGGGGGCUGCCUGCGCCGCCAGGAGCUCUUCCCCUUCGGGCACGGACACCAGGACCUGGAGCUGGAGCCCGGCGACGACCGUGUCUCCCCCGCCCUGGAGCUGAGCACUGCGCUGCGCUUCUUCGACAAAUCCGACAUUCGCUCGGUCUACGUCACCACGAAUGGCCUCAUUGCCAUGAGUGAACCCCCAGCUGAAGAAACUCAUCCCGGGCUCUUCCCUCCAACCUUCGGGGCAGUGGCACCUUUCCUGGCAGACUUGGAUACAACAGGUGGCCUCGGGAAGGUUUAUUAUCGAGAAGACCUAUCCCCCUCUGUCACUCAGCUGGCAGGGGAGUAUGUCCAGAGAGGGUUCCCAGAAAUCUCUUUCCAGCCCCGUAGUGUGGUGAUUGUCACCUGGGACUCUGUGGCCCCCUACCAAGGGCCCAGCAAGGAUCCUGCCCAGGAAGGCAAGAGAAACACAUUCCAGGCUGUUCUGGCCUCCUCUGACUCCAGCUCCUACGCCAUUUUCCUUUAUCCUGAAGAUGGUCUGCAGUUCACAACGACAUUCUCUAAGAAGGACGAGAACCAGGUUCCCGCUGUGGUCGCGUUCAGCCAAGGGCUAGUGGGAUUUCUGUGGAAGAGCGACGGAGCUUUCAAUAUAUUUGCUAAUGACAGAGAAUCAAUUGGAAAUUUGGCCAAGAGCAGCAACUCUGGGCAGCAGGGUAUCUGGGUGUUUGAGAUUGGGAGUCUGGCCACAGCCAGUGGUGUGGUGUCUGCAGAUGUGAACCUCAGACCGGAUGAUGAAGAGUAUGAUGAUGAAGAUUAUGACUCGGUGACAAGUCUGGCCCCAGAGGACGUUCGCACCACAUCCUUCCCCUAUGAGGCUCCGAGAAGGGGAGACACUGGCACAUACGACAUGCAUGUCCUCUCCCCCCGCCGCCGGGGCACCGAGAGACCCGCUGGACCUUCGACCGAGAGGACCCGGUCUUUCCAGCUGCCUGUGGACAGGUUCCCCCAGCAGCAGCCACAGGUCAUAGAUGUGGAUGAAGUUGAGGAAACAGAAGUGGUUUUCAGCUACAACACAGAUUCCCGCCCGACGUGCGCCAACAGCAGACACCAGUGCUCCGUGCACGCAGAAUGCAGGGACUUCGCCACCGGCUUCUGUUGCAGCUGCGUCGCCGGCUACACGGGGAAUGGCCGGCAAUGUGUUGCCGAAGGUUCCCCCCAGCGAGUUAAUGGCAAGGUGAAAGGAAGGAUCUUCGUGGGGAACAGCCCGGUCCCCAUUGUGUUUGAGAACACCGACCUGCACUCGUACGUGGUAAUGAACCACGGGCGCUCCUACACCGCCAUCAGCACCAUCCCCGAGACCGUCGGGUACUCCCUGCUCCCUCUGGCCCCUGUGGGAGGCAUCAUUGGAUGGAUGUUUGCAGUGGAGCAAGAUGGAUUCAAGAAUGGGUUCAGCAUCACGGGGGGUGAGUUCACCCGCCAGGCUGAGGUGACCUUCGUGGGACACCCGGGUAAGCUGGUCAUCAAGCAGCGGUUCAGCGGUAUCGACGAGCACGGCCACCUGACCAUCGACACAGAGCUGGAGGGCCACGUGCCGCAUAUCCCGGUUGGCGCCUCGGUGCACAUCGAGCCCUACACGGAGCUCUACCACUACUCCCGCAAUGUGAUCACGUCCUCCUCCACCCGGGAGUACACUGUGACACAGCCUGAGCGGGAUGGCACUGCCGCUUCGAACGUCCACGCCUACCAGUGGCGCCAGACUAUCACCUUCCAGGAGUGUGUCCACGAUGACUCCAGGCUGGCCCAGCCCAGCACCCAGCAGCUCUCAGUGGAUAGCGUGUUUGUCCUGUACAACCAGGAGGAGAGGAUCCUGCGCUAUGCUCUGAGCAACUCCAUUGGGCCUGUGCGGGAUGGCUCCCCUGACGCCCUGCAGAACCCUUGCUAUCUCGGCACUCAUGGGUGUGACACCAACGCGGCCUGCCGGCCUGGCCCGGGGACACAGUUCACCUGCGAGUGCUCCAUCGGCUUCCGAGGAGAUGGGCGCACCUGUUAUGAUAUUGAUGAGUGCGCAGAACAGCCCUCGGCGUGUGGGAGCCACGCCAUCUGCAAUAACCACCCAGGAACCUUCCGCUGUGAGUGUGUGCAGGGCUACCGGUUUUCAGAUGAGGGAACGUGCGUGGCUAUUGUGGACCAGCGCCCCAUCAAUCACUGCAUGACAGGCCUGCACGACUGUGACAUACCCCAGCGGGCCCAGUGUGUCUACACAGGAGGCUCCUCCUACACCUGUUCCUGUUUGCCAGGCUUCUUUGGGGACGGCCGGGCCUGCCAAGAUGUGGAUGAAUGCCAGACAAGCCGAUGCCACCCCGAUGCCUUCUGCUACAACACUCCUGGCUCCUUCACGUGCCAGUGCAAACCUGGUUAUCAGGGAGAUGGCUUCCGCUGUAUGCCUGGAGAAGUGGAGAAAACCCGCUGCCAGCUUGAGCGAGAACACAUCCUUGGGGCAGCAGGGAUGGCAGACUCACAACGACCGCUGCCGCCAGGGCUGUUUGUCCCUGAGUGUGACGAACAUGGGUACUAUGUGCCCACCCAGUGCCACGGCAGCACCGGCUACUGCUGGUGCGUGGACCGAGAUGGCCGUGAGCUGGAGGGCACCAGGACCAGGCCCGGGAUGAGGCCUCCCUGUCUGAGCACAGUGGCUCCCCCGAUUCACCAUGGACCCUCAGUUCCUCCUGCGGUGCUCCCUCUGCCCCCUGGGAGCCACUUACUGUUUGCCCAGACCGGGAAGAUAGAGCGCCUCCCCCUGGAAGGAAGCACCAUGAAGAAGACGGAAGCCAAGGCUUUGCUGCAUGUCCCAGAUAAAGUCAUCGUUGGACUGGCUUUCGACUGUGUGGAUAAGAUGGUUUACUGGACCGACAUCAGUGAGCCUUCCAUUGGGAGAGCCAGUCUUCACGGUGGAGAGCCAACCACCAUCAUUCGACAAGAUCUCGGAAGCCCAGAAGGCAUUGCCGUUGACCAUCUUGGCCGCAACCUCUUCUGGACGGAUUCUCGCCUGGAUCGAAUAGAAGUUGCAAAGCUGGAUGGCACCCAGCGCCGGGUGCUGUUUGAGACCGAUUUGGUGAAUCCCAGAGGCAUCGUGACCGACUCCUUGAGAGGGAACCUUUAUUGGACAGACUGGAACAGAGAUAACCCCAAAAUUGAAACUUCCUACAUGGACGGCACCCACCGGAGGGUCCUGGUGCAGGAUGACCUGGGCCUGCCGAACGGGCUGACCUUUGACAUCUACUCAUCCCAGCUCUGCUGGGUGGAUGCAGGCACCAGCCGGGCGGAGUGCGUGAAGCCUGGUCAGCCCAGCAGACGCAGGGUUCUUGAAGGGCUCCAGUAUCCUUUCGCAGUCACGAGCUUCGGGAAGAAUCUGUAUUACACAGACUGGAAGACGAAUUCUGUGGUUGCUGUAGGUCUUGCUGUGAACAAAGAGAUGGAUACCUUCCACCCCCACAAGCAGAGCCGGCUGUAUGGAAUCACCACCGCCCUGUCUCAGUGUCCGCCAGGUCACAACUACUGCUCAGUGAACAAUGGUGGCUGUACCCACCUCUGCUUGGCCACCCCAGGAAGCAGGACCUGCCGUUGCCCUGACAACACACUGGGAGUUGACUGUAUCGAGCAGAAAUGAGAAGAGUGCUGUUCUCUCUCUAAGUAUUUCAUAGCAGCACCCUCCUUGAAAGGGUCCAGACUGAGAACUGUCUGACCUGGUGGCUGAGUGGCCACCAGCUUGAGCCUCGACAGUGUUCCCCUCAUUGUUUCCCAAAACAUAUGCCCCAAGAUUCUGGAAUGGGUGUGUCUCUACCCCCACACAAGUGACACAAGCCCCUGACCCCACCCUCAGACAAGUAUAUACGGCCCCCAGUGAGAGUUAUACACCUCAUCCCAGUGCUUUGGAACCGUUUCCUAACUUAGCGGCCCAAUGGUGAGCAGACCUUCUCAGGCCUGAGCUGUCCCCUUCCCCGUGGCCUUAAGAGCUCACCCUCACUCUGAGGUACCCACCAUCCUGUCAGCUACUCCUCACACCGGCCAUGUCAGCAAGGCUGUAAGUGGAGGAGGAGGUUUGCCCUCCUAUACUUUCCUAUUGGUGCUCUGACUUUCCUUUUUAUACUCCUGGGUUCUUACCACAAGUUCUGUGCCACUGGCAUCCGGCCUAAGGCCCGCAUCAUGGUGAGCAUGCCCUGAUUUUGACCAAAACCCACCCUUCCCAAGGGAUUUGGGUAUUUGGAGGGUGAAAAUGAGCAGCCCCUCCCAAGUAACUUACUGGAAUUUCAGCAGCAGCCUUUGGUAGCCAAAAGCUUACGUCAAGGUUGUGUCUACUGGUAGGAAUUUCAAAGUGUAGAGUCAGGUGAUUGAGGAUGGGGAUUCUUUUGAUGCGCCUUAAAUUACACCAAAGAUUACCAAAUUAUUCCUUUUUGCCCAAAGCACCUGGAUCCCAGCAUCUGGUGUCUUGGGCAGCACAGCUCCACUGCUGGCACCUCUGUCCAGCCUCCUCGUGGAGACCCCACUGAGACCCAGGCUGGGGCUGGUACCAGUGAUAACCCCCAAAGCCCCUCACCUCUGGCCUCCACUCAUGAGAGCUGCUCUGCAGUCAACUCUGAGCUUGCUCCUGCCUUGUUUCUCCCUCCACAGUGGCUCUUGCUGGCUGUAUUCUCAUCCAGAGACACAAUCCAGGAGGACUAAAUUGAAUAUUUAUACUGGUAAUCCAGACCCUUUACUGCUCAUUGGUAUGACUAAAGGGACCGUAGUCAUGUUUCAUGUUUAUGUUUCUAGGAUUUGUUUAGAAAACAUCUCCAGACCAGAUGAGUAUCUAGUGUCAUAUUUUUAUCAACUGCUUCUCUGAGUCCUCAAACAGAAAUCUGGGAUUGAAAGUUGAGCAUAAUAAUUUGAAUCAGUAAAGACUGGGGGAAGGAAGUAGAGAAGACUCAGUGGAAAGUAUCACAAAGAGAUUGAUCAGGAGCAGGAGUGGAGAACCCAAGAGGAAGGUGGAGGAGAUGAGUUAAUGGUGGCAAUGAGAAAAACUCAAUAACUCCAAAGAGAAAAACGGUACAUUUUCCAAAGGACACUUAUACUUGAGGACAUGGAAGAAUUGGCCAGUUCUCCCAGGGAAGAUAGCCCUCCCGUCAUCUGCAAACCUCCGUCAUUCAGUCCCCCACCCCCACUGCCACAGCCCAUUGGAACCUGCAGGGCGAGAGAGCCUUUCGGUGAAUAAUUGGAGUUUGUUUUGAGAAGCAACUAUAUCCCCAAGAAUCACAAAGUUUGGGGAACACAUGGGUCCUUUAUAUAGCCCAACCCAUAAAUUAGUCUCACUUUCUUUAUAUACUUAUCAUCCAUUCCAUAUCAAGCCCUCUAUAUCAAAUGUUUGUCAUGAUUUUGUAUAAUUUUUAUAACUAUUUUAUUCAUUUUACUAGAUUCAGUCUAAAAAUUUUUUAAAUGGUGAAUUCUUAAACUGUGGAAACCACUGAAGGUGCUUAUUAACUGUUCCCCCAGAGUGUUGGACGAUUCCUUGAGUUUACAGCUGUAUUAAUAUUAGUGCAGAAAAUUAAAAAAUAAUUUGUUAAAAAACGA